GACAUUCAAAAUGAUCCGUCGUCUUACUUCUCUCUACUGCGCUACUGUUGAAGUCUGAUAGGCUCGACAUACUCACCUCUCGGCUUUCGACCGGUCUGAGAAUCUCGGGUCAAAGAUCAUCCAAGCGUACACGGUAGAUACGGUACGAUGUCACGGGAUGACGAGCCGAGAUAUGUCUUUCCCGCAGAAGGCAGGUCCUGGAACGACAUUGAAUGGUUGAGAGUCUGGAACAACAACUCGCAAGUGCUUCCAACGGAAGAUCAAGCGUGGAAGUACUUUCUGGCUUUGGGCCAGGUCGAUGUCGAAUCGGACAACUGGAACAUACACGCCCAAUUCAACGACGAUCCGACGUUCACUUGGAACCGUAUGAAGCAGAUACUUCGGACUAUGCAGGGGAGACAAUAUCAUUUCUCCCUCGAGCAUAGUAAUCCUCCCAAUUAUUGGGUCUUACAAGAGAUAGAUCAACGGACGAUGGCCAUCUUGGAGAUUUGGACUAUGGUUGGCUGCCAGGUUCUGAAAUGCAAUACUAUUUACGACCUGAUACAAUCUAGACUUCUCAACGUCACGGAACACAUCUCGGCCUCAAUGCAGAUACUCGAAUCCGCCGCUCCGCUCCCAUCGAUCCGAGAGCUCGGAUUUUGGCAGUCCGCGCCAGUCCAAGUGCCAGGUCAGGACGAGCCGGUCCACCCGCCCGCUGGUGUCACUGCUGCUGCAUCUACGCAGGCCGCCCAAGACCCUUUGGCCGAGACGCCUAGGAGCUCCGGGAAGGCCAAAAAGAGCCAGUCGAAACGGCCCCCAGAUAUGGCGUUGACGUUCGCACUGCGGACGAUGCAACAGUCAUUGUCGGAGAUUAUAGGAAAGGAUGCGGUCAACGGUCAAAGUGUCAAGAGCAAGGAAGCUGAGCAGGCAGACCGGAUGAAAGCACAUGGAGCUGUGCCGAUGUCGGGCAAUGUGAGGGGUGCGAAACGGGGUCCGGACGAGACCGUCAAGGAUCCCGCAAAGCAGGCACGAUUCGCGAUGUGAUGGACAAUCAACGGGCGGUGAAGAGAGAUCCCGACAAAUAACGACAACCUUAACGACUUCACGCUGUGCAGCCAGAGCUGCUUGGCCAAAUCGACGCGCUCUAGACCGGUUCAAGCCGGGAUAUGAAUGAUUGUAUACAACGAUGCGAUAGAUGUCUAAUGUCCAUGCGCCUUGCGCGUCUAGAA